UUGCGCCGCCUGUCGCGCACAAGUGGCUGGUGUCUUGGGUGUCUGCCGGACGGGAUGCUGCGCUGCAGUGCGGACAAAAAUUGUGACAUUAGAAGGGGAAGUAAAACGCAGGAGGAUUCGCCUAUUUCACUACAUCUCAGUCCUUUUUAAAACACGCCUCACCUGAUUUAUGAUUCGGGCGUGAAGAGAGCAUUUUACUGAGGCGGCAGCGUUAAUAUUCAGUAAAAGAGUGAGGUAAUGAUACUGACAUUUAUUAUGUGGCCAGUAGAUUUUUUUAUAUAUAACAGAGAUAUCAAAGAGGAUAAACUUGGUAACUAUUUUAUCACCGCAAAAUGUGCGUGGUGCUCAUUAUAGAUUGUAGCUGACAAUGAAAUACAUUUUCUUUAAUUUCAUGAAUUGAUCUGAAUAUGCAUUGUCCAGAUUUGAUAUCUACACUUGAUAUUGACUAGCGAAUUUGGUUUCUGAUAUUAUGGCAAUCGCUGAUUUUGGUUCCUUACGUUAGACGAGGUGUUCACGUAUUUCCACGUUGGGUGGUAUAGCCCUGCACUGUUGUACAAUGGCCAGAGAUGCAUGCGUUUUUGCUCGUUUGCCGAAUUUGAUUCAGAUUUUUCUUUAGUUUCCUCCGGUUGAAUGAGCUGACCUCUCUUUUAUUAAAAUGAAUCCGGCCGAUCGUGCGAAAUUGAAUGAGCCCAGCGGUUAGUUGGCGGAGGAGCCGUUUUUGGUUCAAAGUCAAUGGGAGACAGAGGAAGUGUUGGGAAACUGCAUUGACGUUUCGCCGUCCCAUGAAGUCCCAAAUGAAGGUUACAAAAAGAAGACGGAAAGCAGCGCCCGACUACCUUAUUCUCUGCGCCAGGUAAAUGUGGCUUGUUUAAGUGUGGAGCUGCUUGUGGACUCACUGGCCGGCAAAUGCAGCGCCAAGAGCCAGCCAACCAGGAUCACGAAAACAUGAAUGGUGCCGGGGAGCAGGCGGACAUCCUGGCACCCAACUGCAUGGUCCGGGACCGAUGGAAAGUGUUGAAGAAGAUCGGAGGAGGUGGUUUUGGGGAGAUCUACGAAUCCGUCGACCUGUUGACGAGAGAGAUCGUGGCCCUGAAAGUGGAAUCCGCCCAACAGCCCAAACAGGUCCUCAAGAUGGAAGUGGCGGUUUUGAAGAAACUGCAAGGAAAAAAUCAUGUCUGUAAAUUUAUUGGAUGUGGGAGAAAUGACAAGUUCAACUACGUAGUCAUGCAACUUCAGGGUAGAAACCUUGCGGACCUGAGAAGGAGCCAGCCCCGGGGAAUCUUCACCAUGAGCACUACUCUGAGAUUAGGAAAGCAGAUCCUCGAAUCAAUAGAAGCCAUUCAUUCUGUCGGGUUCCUGCACCGAGACAUCAAACCGUCGAACUUUGCAAUGGGACGGCUGCCAUCUACAUACAGGAAGUGUUUUAUGCUGGACUUCGGCCUUGCGAGACAAUACACAAACACAAGCGGAGAAGUCAGACCACCCAGGCCUAUAGCAGGAUUCCGUGGGACUGUGCGCUAUGCCUCAGUUAAUGCUCAUAAAAACAAGGAGAUGGGUCGCCAUGACGACUUAUGGUCCUUGUUUUACAUGCUAGUAGAGUUUGUGGUUGGCCAGCUGCCUUGGCGGAAAAUAAAAGAUAAGGAGCAGGUGGGCCAAAUAAAAGAGCGAUAUGAUCAAAAGAUGCUGCUGAAGCACAUGCCCACUGAGUUCUGUACGUUCCUCGAUCAUGUCGUCAGCCUUGAUUACUUCACCAAACCAGAUUACCAGCUUCUAAUGUCGGUAUUUGAUGACAGCAUGAGGGAGCGAAUAAUACUGGAGAACGAGCCGUUUGACUGGGAGAAGGGGGAGUGUGAGGCCAUGCUUUCCACCAGCAUGUCCACCGCGCUCCAGCAGAACACGAGACAGACGGCCGCCAUGGUGGGGGUUGUCAAUGUGACCCCAGUCCCCGGAGACCUUCAGAGGGAGAACACAGAGGACGUCGUUCAGGACGAGCACCUCAGUGACCAGGACAAUGCCCCGCCCUUGGUGCAUGUCCGUCACGGGGAGAACGGCCAGCUGCCUGCCGAAGGAGAGGCUUGGGAGGACACCGACAUCAACCGCAACAAGCUCAGGGUCAGCAACGGAAAGCAGGGCACCCUGGAGGAGGAAGCUGGCCGAGGGGGCUGUCCCACCUCUCCAGUGCGCUUGGCGGCCAGCGAUUCGGCCGUCGGCCGCUCCCCCCGGCACCGGCGUGUUAACAGCCCGGAGUCCGAGCGCCUCUCCGCGGCCGAGGGACGACCGGAGGCCCCCGGGCAAAGGUCCCGCGUGGAUGCCCUGCUAUCCCCGUCCCGCCAGGUGUACUCCUCCCAGCCGGCCCAGAUGCUCUCCGUGGACGCAGGACAGGGCGAGCGGCAGGCCAGCGGGCGUCUGGAGGUGUCUGCGGCGGACCACGAGGCGCAUAGCAACGCCUUCAUCCGCUCCGUGCCGCUGGCCGAGGAGGAGGACUUUGACAGCAAGGAGUGGGUCAUCAUUGACAAGGAGACCGAGCUCAAGGACUUCCAGCCGGGCGCCGAGCCCACCACCUCCGGCACCACGGACGAGGAGCCCGAGGAGCUGCGGCUCGCGGAGGAGCAUGAGGAGCGGCGGAGGCGCGGCCUGGGCGCCGAGGUGGCCGUGCGGCCCAGGACUCGUGAAUUCCGGGGCCGGGCCAUGCUCACUGUGGCUGAGGAGGACUCGUCCCGCAGGAGCAAUGGCCGCGGGCACUCGGCAUCUGAGGCCAAGCCCGAGGCCCCCCCCGAACAUGCCAGCCAGUCGCCUUGCCACACACUGCCUUCCACCCGCCCCAAGAGGAGGGAGUCUGAUCCGUCUCGGCCUCAGAGACAGCUGGAGGAAGAGAGGCCUCCCUCACAUCACACCACCCCGAGACCCAACCAGCUGAGGCGGCUGGCCUCCUAUGUCUUCUCCUCAUCCACCCUGGAGACGGAGCAGUACCCCCACGCGGGCGGCACCUUCAUCCAGCGGAGCCGCUCAGCUGAGAGCAGCCCGGCGCGCAUGACCUCACGGCGGCACGCAGCCCUGGGCGGGGGGUCGUCUCGGCGCAGGCAGCUAGGCCUCAACGUGUCUAGGUCACAGAUACAGCAGAUGCUGACCAAGCUGCUGAACAAGAUGUGAGCUGGCGCCUAACAUCCCCCCCCACCCCCCCCACAACCUGACCACAUAAUCCUCAAUGAAUCGAAAUAAAUUCUUACUCAUGCAAUAAGUUUGGUUUGUGGUUUGUGUGCCGUAAGUGAGCUUGAAACACAGGCAGGCGUCGCCUGGCGAAGUCGGCUAUGUACUCGCCCGCUGUCCCGCGGCAUCGAUUGGGUGCUGACUUAAACGGAAGGGAAUAACCAUGUGAUCCAAGAGACAUUUCCGUUCUUGUAUAGCGUCCUUUUUUAUAAAUAAUGAGAUGUGUGUAACUAGUCUGAACGUGAGUUGGUGGUUGUGUUCAAACAGGGUUGCCAAUGGUGCGCUGAAGUUAGGGUCUAGAUUUUCAGUCCAUGUCCCUCAUUUAUAACUUCUUAGUUGUGUUAUGAUGUGUUUAUGGACAUUCAUCUCCCCCAAAUGCCACAUUUAUGUACGAUACUGAUUUCCUGAAUACAUAACAAAAUAUCUACGACCAAUGUAUAAAAAUAUAUAGCAGUUAUGAGCUAAUUAUAGAUUGGAGUGGAACCCACAGUAGGUCAGGGCAGAUGAAACUAAGUACAAUUGGCAGCCCUGAGAUGUACAAGAGGAGUGAUAUGAGAGGGGCUGUCAUCGCCUGGACAGCCUAGAGCUUGCGUCCUCAUCACUUGUGCUAGUUAAUGUUUAUAUACCACUGUGUUGCCAUGGUGAUGCAAAUAGGUGCGUAAGGCUCUGUCAGCUCACGUGUGACAAUUUGCCAAUCUGCAAGACCUACAAGAAGAGCACUGUCAAAGGACAUUGUCAAAACCUACACAUCGCCUACAAUCGCUGCUUUUAUUUAUAUUAACUUUUUUUUUACUGUCAACUUUUCUCAUUUACUUUGACAAAAAUAUGAGCAAAUCCUAAACAACCAAAUGCGACAUUAUUUUGAAUGAAAGUUAUUUGUCAAAAGGCUUUGAGAUAAACAGUUUAAAUGGGUAAACUAUACCUUUAUGCAGGAUCAGAUGGGUUUUUUUUUACUUGAAACAUUUCUCUUGAAUGUCUUUAAACUUAGCAAAUGUGAAUCCGGUGCUUGGAUAGCAGGAGUAGGGUGGAGUGCUUAUAUUUUUCUGCUGGUUGACUAACAGGUAACAUCAGUUGGGCAAAUAUACAAAAAUUCAAUGCUGUCCAAUAAGAGACCUGAAAACCUCUGAUUUCACUCAUUAAUGUAUCAUUUAAACGUAAUAUUUCACCUGCACUUGAGUAGCAGGCAGGAAUGAGUAAGGUACCCAGAUGUUACUCGCUAUGUAAACAGGAUGUGGCUGUCAUGGGCUCCGGUUUUAUUAAUGGUUGCAGUGAUGUUACUGUUGUAUAUUAAACUAUCAAAAUGGUGGUUUCAGUUUGAUACAGUGCACUCUAUUGCACUCUAAUAUCAGGAUUAAUGAAAACAGCUGGUGUUCUGUGACUGUCACAAUACAAAAAGUAGCUCAUUAAAGGAAGCUGUCAUUUGUUGGAAGACUAUAGACUGUAUUAUAUUUCGUUUAUUGUUUGGUCAAAAGAUUCUGAAAAACCACUGGGAAAAUACAAUAAACAAACAAACAAAAAAAUUUGAGUGUUCCAGAAAAUCGUUGUCCAGGGAAGCCAUUUGCUGUUUGUACUGAUCGCGUCAGUGCAAAAACUAAUCAGUAGAUGUUGACAUAAAGUCUAUAAACCGCACCUUACAUUGGAAUAUUUAGCCAUUGUAGGAGAAAAUUAUGUUUUGCUCUUUGUUCUUUUUUGGACAUGUUUUAUUUCUAGAUCUCUGUUAUUUUAGAUAUGUGUAUGAUGGCAAUUGAUAUGUUGUUUUGAGAAGGGCCAUUGGUAUUAUUUAUUACUGUCAUUUUUCUCUCUCCUUUUAAACCAUUUUUUUUUUCAUUUUUUACAAUAUUAAGGGCUACACUGACAAAAUUUUAAGAAACGUUUUGUGUGUAUAAUCUGGUAACUUUUCAUUUAACUGUAGCCUCUGUUUCAAUUGUAAAUGAAAUGUAAUACAUUAGUUUUGUUGAUUUGGAAAGAAAAGACCCCAUUUUGUUUUAUAGGUCCCAGAUUUGACCUUAAUUUAAGAUUUGUUUAGGUUUGGAUCUCGCUGUUAUGUAUAGAGCAGAUUGAUUCAUUUGUUGGUUUGCUGCAUCUGAUUUUUUUUUUUUUUGAAUUGGCAUUGCCAAAAUAAACUGGGCAGCAAUGAAAAAUAAAGGUCAUAAAAGUGAGGUCAGUUCACCAGCAAGUACUGGAUGUGUGAACUUUUGGGUCUGGUUAGCGGUACUGCAGAGUGUUGGCACCGGGGGGUCAUACCCACCUCUGAAAAUAUGAUUUACCAUAUACAUACCCAGAAGUGCGUAGACACAAUUAUACGGUGUAAUAGUACAGGUAUCUCCCACUUUGUGAAAGCGGAUCGUUCUCGUGAAACCUUCAGUAAGCCAAAAUGUCGCAAAGCAAAGAAGCAAUUACCAUUCAUUUGUAUGGGGAUUUUUUGAGUGCUCUGAGGCCAAAUAAAAUGACUUACUAAAUCAUACCAAAUAACAUGUAAACUUUAAUUUACACUUACAUUUAAAAAUAACAUAUAACCCAAUAAAAGCAGGAACGAUAAAUACACAGUCUAUGUCAAGCAGAAAAAACGCAUGUACGGUGUAUUUUCACCGACCAGAAUCAAUAGUCAUUUCUCGCUAAACGGAUUCAUUCUGAGAAAUGCAUCAUUAGGCCGUUUCGCCGUUGUGAGUGUACUUACACCAACCUACUACACGUCUAGGUUAUAUGGUGUAGCCUAAAUAACGAUAACAAGUAUAGUACAGUAAAUACAAAAAGCAGUAACAUACUUGUUUAUUAUCAUUAUUAAGCAAAGGUGGGGGGCACUGCCCCCCUGACAACAUGCAUACCCCUCCUGUGGCCCCCCUAAAUACAUAUUCUACUUGGGUCUGAAAUACAUGCAUUCAUAUUAUUAUUAUUAUUAUUUAUGUAUGUGGGCUAAAAUUUUGUGCACAGGGAACAGGCAAAACACAAACGUGAGCACAUCUUUGUGACGGACUCUUAAUGCUGGUGCACUAGGUGGUUAAGUUGCUUCAGUUGGUAAAAAGCGAAGUUAAUGGAAAAAAAAUAUUCAGGCUUGUGGAAGCAACGCAGUCUAAGCAAGAAAUCAAAAACAAAAAUGUGACUACAAAGCAUUGCACAAAUAACUGUUAAGUUCUCAAAAUUGUUUAUGUUUCUUGAUGCUGGCAAUCUAGUGUAAGUAAUACUCAGAGGAAAUUAAGGUUAAAUGCAUCUGGCCCCCAUAACAGAACAACUGGCCCCAGUCUGCCCUCCCCCCCCCCAAGUUGAAAUGGUCUAGACCCUCCAAUGUUAUAAAGUAUUAUGUACUGUACAAAAUUGUGUGUACUAUACUUUUAUACCACUGGCAGCGCAGUUUGUUUAUAUGAACCAGCAUCAGCACAAACAUGUGAGUAAUCCGUAGUGCUAUAGCUUCCUGACGGCUACAAUGCCAAUAGGCGAUACGAAUGUUUCAGAUCUAUUAUGAUUUUAUGGGCCCACCGUAAUUUAUGUGGUCCGUUGUUGACCGAAAGGUCAUUAUGUGACACAUGGGUGUAUAUCUGUGACUAGCUCGCUGAUAAACGAAUGCGAAACGUUAUUUUCGCUUUUCUCAUUUUUUCGUAAUAGCGAAAAUUCUCUUUGGAUUUAUUUCAUUUACUGAAAACAACUGCUAAUGUAACUCUUUCGUAAAACCGAAGUGGCAUAAAACGAGUGUCCGUUAAGCGGAUGAUACCUAUAAAUCCACCUACCAAGACACCACUGCACCACAGUAUAUUUAGGGUAUUUUUAAAAAAUAAAUCAAAAUCUACUUUCCAUGUAGCCAUUGAAAUUUAAUCUAAUUUAAUUUAACAGCAGUGUGAGGUUAUAUUAUGAUAAAUCAGAUAUUCUAUACCGACCAUUCGACAUUCUCUUAUUGUAAAAGUAGUGAUGUUACAAGAAGUUAGUAUUAUCAAUAUAAGGCAAAACACCAAACCAAGAUGUUAUGUUUCACACUGUAGCAACCGCACCAAAAUAAUAAAAUGAUACAGUUUAUAGCCUUGAAUGCAAAAGGCUUUACAUCACAUGAUGCUGUUACUUAUAAACUAUUAUUAGGCAAACCUAUAAAUCUUGUAAACCUCACACCAUCCUAGGGUGAGUUUCCUGAAGAAUUAUUAAUGCUAAGUCGUUCAUAAGUUCUAGCUUUUAACACCGAACUUACGAACGACGUAAUGUUAAGAAGGCUUCGGGAAACUCACCCCUGGUUGUGUGAAUGUGGAGAAAUACAGUUAAGGCUGAUAUUUCAGUGAAAUUUCAUUUCUCUACGCAGUGGAUUGCUCAUAUUGUACAGUGACCUAUUUUAUUGUAUCGUCUAUAUGGUUUCUGAUUAAAUGUCUUUCAUGUAUUAAUCCCAUACUGUAUGUAAAAGGUAUAAGGUAAAAUCAACUCAUUUCAUAAAACACAAAACCAUUAUCCAUUAUGUUCAUUUCCAAAGAAAAUUGUAUUCAGGAUGUAGGAAAACCAUGCAACAGCUAUAAAUUAUGUUGCUGCUAUAGAGAAAGAGUAUGCAAUACUGUUCACAACAUUAUUUCCAGCUGUCAGUACUACAGACGUUUUAGCUCCUUGGAUGGAAUGUUUAUUUUUAUAUCAUAUGUUACCUUUAUGUAAUGUAUUACGGUCAUUAAUAAUAUUCUAGUUUUGUUAUAUGGGUGGAUAGGAUUUAAAUUAAAAAUUGACAAAGAUUUUCAUUUGAAAAAUUGAUGUACCCUAUAAUCCACUGUUUAACGAAUGUGGCAAUUUUUGUGAUAUGUGACUUUUUUAUUUAUCUGCACUGAAUAACAGUCAGAAUUUCACACUAAACAUUUGGAACCAUAACAAAGUCAUUGUGAAGUCUCACAAGUCAAUUCAACUUUUAUAUUUUAGAUUGUAGAUUAUAGGUGAGGUAUAAAAUAUUGCUGUAGUUUUUCACAAUUUUUUAUCCUUCACCCUGUACAUAAAUGUUUUGUGUAUAUGUUCAUAUUUUAAACCAUGUGCAAUGCACUGUUUACAUGUAUAAUAUGAUAUAUUUCACAUUUUGUUCACGCAUUCAAACUUUUACACCUGAAAAUGUAAAAGCUAUCGAUUUCAGACCAUUCCUUCAUUUCAUUCAUGUUUUUCUUUAAUUUUUUUUGUUGACCACGUUCGCAGCUCAGUGCUGCUUCUCGAGCACAGCUCUGAAUGUGUGUUCAGUGGAACCUUCCACGGCACAAGGGUUUCGAAGGUAUCCGUUGUAACAAGCGAUUACACAUUAGCUCACUACUGUGUGUUAAAGACACUCACGGAUCAGUCGUGAAUUUUACUGCAGUCGCUACACUUAUAAAUAAUUAUCAUUUGUUCUGCAAAUGCUGCCAGAAUUCUCUUGCUUUCCUGUUAUGUGGGACAAAAGCUCUGUUUGUGUAUAACUCAGACCUCAAUGGUUCAGAUCCCUUUCCUGUUACGUCUUAUUACAGUCAAAGCUCAGUGGAUCUGGUCAUUUUUAGUGCAACAAUUAAGGAUGAUAUUUGAACUCAAUGCACAGUAGAUUGGUCUAUCAAACAGUACAGACUUAACCAGGUCAGAAUAGAGCACUGAAGUCUCUGGUAAUUUUCAAUGAUGUCGUCUUUAAAGCUGAGUUGUUAUAUGAUUUUAUAUAAGUAUUUCACCCCAGUACCUGAUAUAAUGAAUAAUUGUAUCUAGAGCAUUGUUUUAGCUCUACAUGGGACCACUACUGUUAUUAGAUGACUGAUUAUUAUUCAUACACAAUUUACUGUAUAAUGUAACAUACUGUACAAUCAUUGCCUUGGUGCCUAAAUUAGCCUGAGUCAUUUAAACUUGUAUGACAGUACUGUUCUGAAAUUUAAUGAAGAAAACCAGAUAAUAUAAAAACAGAAGGGGUGUUUAAAUAUUACAAUGUGUCAAACAAGCUUCUGUUCCUGUAAAACAUUAUAAAUUAAUUGAUAAUCUUAAGAUUGUCUAGAUUUUUAUUAAUGAACAUUGCUGUCGUGUUUAAUGGUAUGGUGCUUUUAUGCUACAACACCAGAUUCUGUGCAAAUGAUUUGGAGAAUGUGGCCAGUUCUCCAUCCCGCAGCCCCUGAAACGACAAUAAAAUCUGUAUUGUCAUAAUUAGGGUUCUGAAACAACUACACAGAAUUCUGAGCUGGGUGAUCCGUGGGUGUCUUUUUUGACUUGAAACAUAGAAGUAGUUUUCUAUCACUGUAAAGCUUGUAAAGCAUGGUUUAAGUUUUUUUUUUACCUCACAUAUGUAUAUAAAUACAUCAUAGAAUAGUUAUGUUUACUUGUAUAUUAGCAUGCAAUAGUAUUUUAGUUGCUGUACAUAAUGCAAUACGUCGAUUAGUGUUUAGGGAGAAUUCAAAAUAAUGAGCUGACUGGAGGGAAAAUGUUCUGUUCAAUGCAUUUCUGUGCCUUUUCAUUCAUGUACUUAAUCUAGACAAUCUUAAUAUUGUAUAGAGCCGAAUUACGUUAGAUUUUGGGGGAGCUUAGAGUGUCUUCCCUGGAUUUAGAUAAUGUUAUGUCAGUGAUGUCACUGACGAUAACACAUAUACUGAAUGAAGACAUGACAGAAAUAAACUAAAUAAAAUGUAUUUUUAACUUUGAA